ACGAUCUCUCGCUCUCUUUCUCUCUCUCUCCGCCGCAGUUUCGCACGAUCUUCCGAACGCCUGUAGGAUUCGCCCCAUAAACAAAAGCGGACUAUUUUUCGGUGAAAUUCUGAAACCUAUCGUGCCACAUUACGCCUUGUAGUAACCCGUCCCGCGAACUAGAUGCUGGAGGAGUUGUCAAAACAUUUGCGCCAUUUGGCCGACCAGUAGUGCUCUCGUGGGGCCGUUCUGGACAAGCACCAGACAGAGUGCGGGUCAGUCCAGAAAUAGUCCAUCCAUUGAUCGGAUGGUUCGUUACGCGAUCGCGAUCGUAUUCUAGAACGCCCCGCCGUAUUGUGUGUGUUUAUCCGGACCGCGUACCACCCGCUGUUCAAAACCCGUUACGGUCGGAAUUGUUUAUUAACGGAUUGAUUUACGGUCUCCCCCGUUUGGUAUACAAGUGAACAUUGAACAGAUAACACCAUGAUCAGUGUCGCCGGCCAACAGGAUGACCCAUUAUCGGAGGUUCAGCAGUAUCAUCAACACCUGGGUCCGAUCCCGCCACCUGUUCUGCUGCCCCAGAUCCCAGUGAACGCGGGGCUCUCGGCUCAGACGACGCAUCCUUCCUCGCAGACUCCGCCUCCACAGCCUCAACAGCAGCAGCAGUACCAGCCACGGUAUCCGCCUUUCAAUCCCAACACGUUGGCCAUUCCCAUACCGGACAGCCUUCGAGUGAAAACUGACUCAACCCGGAUAUGGGGCUGCUUAAAUGAUGCCGAAGCCGAUUCGAUAGGAUGUGUCGAAGUGCUGGCCACCGUAUGUUCGACCAUCCUGAUGGUACUGACGCUACCGAUAUCGAUUUUCCUCUGCUUCAAGGUCGUCCAGGAGUACGAACGAGCCGUCAUCUUCCGACUCGGUCGUUUGAGAUCCGGAGGUGCCCGUGGUCCCGGUGUUUUCUUCGUUCUACCGUGCAUUGACAACUACUGCAAGGUCGAUCUGCGUACCGUAUCGUUUGACGUGCCUCCCCAGGAAGUGUUGACCCGUGACUCCGUUACCGUAUCCGUAGAUGCCGUCGUGUACUACCGCAUCCGUGAUCCGUUGAAUGCCGUCGUUCAGGUUGCCAACUACAGUCACUCCACCAGACUGCUGGCGGCUACCACUCUGCGUAACGUCCUCGGUACACGAAACCUUUCGGAAUUGCUCACCGAGCGGGAAGCCAUUUCGCAUUCCAUGCAGGUCACUUUGGACGAGGCUACCGACCCGUGGGGUGUUCAGGUCGAACGUGUUGAAAUUAAGGACGUCUCCCUGCCGGACUCGCUGCAACGUUCGAUGGCGGCCGAAGCGGAAGCUGCUCGUGAAGCUCGUGCCAAGGUCAUUGCGGCCGAGGGUGAGAUGAAGUCGUCCCGUGCCCUGAAGGAAGCCUCCGACAUUAUGUGCGAAAGUCCGGCAGCGCUGCAGUUGCGUUACCUGCAGACCUUGAGCAGCAUCGCUGGCGAGAAGAACUCCACCAUUGUGUUCCCGUUGCCGAUCGAGCUGAUCGGACCGUUGAUGAACAUCACCUCUAGCAUCACGAGCAAGAUGGCAGCGAAUUCAGCCACGAGCGCAACAACGGUGGCGGAGCCCCGCCCCAGCGAAGUGAUUGACUAGCAUUUAACGAUAUGGCAAUUUGAUUCUUUGUAGGAGUGGUGGAUUGUUGGAAUGGUUAUUUGGUGCAAAGCAAUAUGUUGAAGCUUUUUCGAUACAAAAAAAAUGCAAAUGUUGAUAUGAAAAAUACAUAUACCUACAUAUAUGAUAAGUAAUAACGUAUAUUAAUAUCGAAACGUGCCAAAAUUAUGCGGACAAAUUAACUUGUGAAUAUGAUAAGCAAGAAUUCAUUGUAGUUGGUAGCAGAUUAUACUAACCUAAGUGAAGAUUUUCUAAGCUAUAGGUGUUGUAAAUACAAGUUGAAACAACUGAAA